AUGGCUUCCAAAUAUAUUGAUGAUGACGGUGCACAACACAGAGUGCGCUGUUCGGACAUUGAAGAAAAGCCAAAUCGAAAAUUAACACCCAUUCACGGCUAUGCUGAUAUGCCUCUCGUUACAUUGGAAGAGGCAGUGGAGCCAUUAAUACCUAUUGUUCAUGAUGUUAAAAGAAUGGCAGCUUGCGCCAAAUGGAAAUGCGCAGAUCAUCCAGCAGACCAUCUAACUGUUGAUCAAUCUAGUGCGAUCAUACUUUACUCGAUGGAAUGGGUUCCACAAGACAAAUGUCUCUAUUUCGUGUUAAAUGAAACACUAAGAGACGAGAAACGGCACAAAUUGAAACCCUGGUUCCUCUUUCUCAAAUUAUUUCUUACCGCACUUUCAUUUCUUCCGCCGAUUUAUCGUACUGUAUACCGUGGCAUUAAGCGUGAUAUGCGGUCAGAUUAUCGAGAAGGACAAACAGUUAUGUGGUGGGGUUUCAGUUCGUGCACCCUGACGAUGGGUGUACUGAACAAUGAUCAAUUCUUGGGUUCGACGGGUGCACGAACUCUUUUCGCCAUCGAAUGUCUCAGUGGAAGAGACAUUCGUGAACAUGCCGAUUUCAAGAACGAAGACGAAAUUCUUAUGCCUGCCGGUCGACAAUUACAAGUGGUUUCGUGUUUGGAACAAGGAAAAGAUCUAGUUAUUAUUCAACUGAAAGAAAUUAAGCCGCCAUUUCCACUUAUUGAUUUGGUACCAGAAAUAACUGAAACAACAACGAAGCCAAAAUCGGAUCCUAUUAAACCAGCAUCAAAACCAACUAUCAAGUAUAUAUCAGUAUAG